GUCAACCACAGCAGUUUCCUAUACGACAACCACUGCAGCUCCUGCUACAACAACUGCUAUUCUUACAACCACUGCGACUGCAGCACCUUCUACAACAACUACAACUUCAGUGCCUACGACAACCACAACAGCCACACCAACUACUGUAGCUCCCACGACAACUGCAGCUCCUACAAAAACUUUGGCAUCUACUUCAACCACAGCAACUGUCCCUACGACAGCCACUGCAGCCCUAACCACAACAACUGCUGCUCCUUUGACCACUACAACUCCAGAACAGGUUACGACAACCAGUGCAGCUCCUACUACAACAACUGCUGUUCCUACGAGCACAACGACUGCAGCACCAUCUCAAACACCUGCAGUUCCUGUAGCUCCCAUGACCACUCCACCUGCUGUACUUUCUACAACAAUCACAACUACAGCUCCUGCUACAAUAACCACAGUAGCUGCGUCUACGACAACCACUGCAGCUCCUACUACAACAACUGCUGUUCUUACGACCACGCCGACUGCAGCAUCUUCUAAAACAACAUCAACUGCAGCUCCUAAGACUGCAGAACCUACCACGACAACCAGUGCAGCACCUUCUACAACAACUACAACAGCUCUUUCUACAACAACUGUAAAUCCUUUGACAACAAUAGUUGGUCCUACGACCACUAUUAUAUCAAUCAAUUCUGCAGAUCCUACAACCUCCACCACAACUGGUAGUUAUCAUCCUACAACAAGGACUACAACUGCAUCACCUACAAGUACAAACACAAUUGUACUUCCUACAUCGACAACAAGAACUUCAACUUAUAUCUCAACUUCUAUGACAUCAACAACUAGAUUCGGCACAGUGGGAGUUUUUGUUAAACUGAUAUUCAACGUCAAAACACCAGUCCCCACUGAGGAUCAUGUCCUUGAUGCCGUCAAGAAGCAAUUGUCUCCUCAAUUCACGACCACUCAAACCACCUUCCAGAAUGCAACUUAUAUCAAACUUACAGAUACUUCAUUUGCCAUCGACCUUGGUUUCAAAAUAACCAAUGUAACCCAGGAGUCUCUAAGUAAUAGACUCACACUCACCAAUGAGACUGAAACCCAGAUACAGGAUUCAAUUAACAGACUACUCCAAAAGGUUCUCAGUGAACCAGAUGGCAAACAGUUUCAAUUUCCCAACGCCAACCUCAUUGAUGAUGGCACUGAGAUCACGGCAAACGUGACGUAUGUAUACAAAGAGGAAGAUGUCAACCUCCCUAGUGGUUUUCUACAGGAAGUCUUAAAAGUCUCAGGUCUCCUGACCACCACUGUUGCCCCAACAACAACCACCAACACCACACCACUUCCUACCCUUUUGACUUCAGUGACAUCAACAACUAGAUUCGGCACAGUGGGAGUUUUUGUUAAACUGAUAUUCAACGUCAAAACACCAGUCCCCACUGAGGAUCAUGUCCUUGAUGCCGUCAAGAAGCAAUUGUCUCCUCAAUUCACGACCACUCAAACCACCUUCCAGAAUGCAACUUAUAUCAAACUUACAGAUACUUCAUUUGCCAUCGACCUUGGUUUCAAAAUAACCAAUGUAACCCAGGAGUCUCUAAGUAAUAGACUCACACUCACCAAUGAGACUGAAACCCAGAUACAGGAUUCAAUUAACAGACUACUCCAAAAGGUUCUCAGUGAACCAGAUGGCAAACAGUUUCAAUUUCCGAAAGCCAACCUCAUUGAUGAUGGCACUGAGAUCACGGCAAACGUGACGUAUGUAUACAAAGAGGAAGAUGUCAACCUCCCUAGUGGUUUUCUACAGGAAGUCUUAAAAGUCUCAGGUCUCCUGACCACCACUGUUGCCCCAACAACAACCACCAACACCACACCACUUCCUACCCUUUUGACUUCAGUGACAUCAACAACUAGAUUCGGCACAGUGGGAGUUUUUGUUAAACUGAUAUUCAACGUCAAAACACCAGUCCCCACUGAGGAUCAUGUCCUUGAUGCCGUCAAGAAGCAAUUGUCUCCUCAAUUCACGACCACUCAAACCACCUUCCAGAAUGCAACUUAUAUCAAACUUACAGAUACUUCAUUUGCCAUCGACCUUGGUUUCAAAAUAACCAAUGUAACCCAGGAGUCUCUAAGUAAUAGACUCACACUCACCAAUGAGACUGAAACCCAGAUACAGGAUUCAAUUAACAGACUACUCCAAAAGGUUCUCAGUGAACCAGAUGGCAAACAGUUUCAAUUUCCGAAAGCCAACCUCAUUGAUGAUGGCACUGAGAUCACGGCAAACGUGACGUAUGUAUACAAAGAGGAAGAUGUCAACCUCCCUAGUGGUUUUCUACAGGAAGUCUUAAAAGUCUCAGGUCUCCUGACCACCACUGUUGCCCCAACAACAACCACCAACACCACACCACUUCCUACCCUUUUGACUUCAGUGACAUCAACAACUAGAUUCGGCACAGUGGGAGUUUUUGUUAAACUGAUAUUCAACGUCAAAACACCAGUCCCCACUGAGGAUCAUGUCCUUGAUGCCGUCAAGAAGCAAUUGUCUCCUCAAUUCACGACCACUCAAACCACCUUCCAGAAUGCAACUUAUAUCAAACUUACAGAUACUUCAUUUGCCAUCGACCUUGGUUUCAAAAUAACCAAUGUAACCCAGGAGUCUCUAAGUAAUAGACUCACACUCACCAAUGAGACUGAAACCCAGAUACAGGAUUCAAUUAACAGACUACUCCAAAAGGUUCUCAGUGAACCAGAUGGCAAACAGUUUCAAUUUCCCAACGCCAACCUCAUUGAUGAUGGCACUGAGAUCACGGCAAACGUGACGUAUGUAUACAAAGAGGAAGAUGUCAACCUCCCUAGUGGUUUUCUACAGGAAGUCUUAAAAGUCUCAGGUCUCCUGACCACCACUGUUGCCCCAACAACAACCACCAACACCACACCACUUCCUACCCUUUUGACUUCAGUGACAUCAACAACUAGAUUCGGCACAGUGGGAGUUUUUGUUAAACUGAUAUUCAACGUCAAAACACCAGUCCCCACUGAGGAUCAUGUCCUUGAUGCCGUCAAGAAGCAAUUGUCUCCUCAAUUCACGACCACUCAAACCACCUUCCAGAAUGCAACUUAUAUCAAACUUACAGAUACUUCAUUUGCCAUCGACCUUGGUUUCAAAAUAACCAAUGUAACCCAGGAGUCUCUAAGUAAUAGACUCACACUCACCAAUGAGACUGAAACCCAGAUACAGGAUUCAAUUAACAGACUACUCCAAAAGGUUCUCAGUGAACCAGAUGGCAAACAGUUUCAAUUUCCCAACGCCAACCUCAUUGAUGAUGGCACUGAGAUCACGGCAAACGUGACGUAUGUAUACAAAGAGGAAGAUGUCAACCUCCCUAGUGGUUUUCUACAGGAAGUCUUAAAAGUCUCAGGUCUCCUGACCACCACUGUUGCCCCAACAACAACCACCAACACCACACCACUUCCUACCCUUUUGACUUCAGUGACAUCAACAACUAGAUUCGGCACAGUGGGAGUUUUUGUUAAACUGAUAUUCAACGUCAAAACACCAGUCCCCACUGAGGAUCAUGUCCUUGAUGCCGUCAAGAAGCAAUUGUCUCCUCAAUUCACGACCACUCAAACCACCUUCCAGAAUGCAACUUAUAUCAAACUUACAGAUACUUCAUUUGCCAUCGACCUUGGUUUCAAAAUAACCAAUGUAACCCAGGAGUCUCUAAGUAAUAGACUCACACUCACCAAUGAGACUGAAACCCAGAUACAGGAUUCAAUUAACAGACUACUCCAAAAGGUUCUCAGUGAACCAGAUGGCAAACAGUUUCAAUUUCCCAACGCCAACCUCAUUGAUGAUGGCACUGAGAUCACGGCAAACGUGACGUAUGUAUACAAAGAGGAAGAUGUCAACCUCCCUAGUGGUUUUCUACAGGAAGUCUUAAAAGUCUCAGGUCUCCUGACCACCACUGUUGCCCCAACAACAACCACCAACACCACACCACUUCCUACCCUUUUGACUUCAGUGACAUCAACAACUAGAUUCGGCACAGUGGGAGUUUUUGUUAAACUGAUAUUCAACGUCAAAACACCAGUCCCCACUGAGGAUCAUGUCCUUGAUGCCGUCAAGAAGCAAUUGUCUCCUCAAUUCACGACCACUCAAACCACCUUCCAGAAUGCAACUUAUAUCAAACUUACAGAUACUUCAUUUGCCAUCGACCUUGGUUUCAAAAUAACCAAUGUAACCCAGGAGUCUCUAAGUAAUAGACUCACACUCACCAAUGAGACUGAAACCCAGAUACAGGAUUCAAUUAACAGACUACUCCAAAAGGUUCUCAGUGAACCAGAUGGCAAACAGUUUCAAUUUCCCAACGCCAACCUCAUUGAUGAUGGCACUGAGAUCACGGCAAACGUGACGUAUGUAUACAAAGAGGAAGAUGUCAACCUCCCUAGUGGUUUUCUACAGGAAGUCUUAAAAGUCUCAGGUCUCCUGACCACCACUGUUGCCCCAACAACAACCACCAACACCACACCACUUCCUACCCUUUUGACUUCAGUGACAUCAACAACUAGAUUCGGCACAGUGGGAGUUUUUGUUAAACUGAUAUUCAACGUCAAAACACCAGUCCCCACUGAGGAUCAUGUCCUUGAUGCCGUCAAGAAGCAAUUGUCUCCUCAAUUCACGACCACUCAAACCACCUUCCAGAAUGCAACUUAUAUCAAACUUACAGAUACUUCAUUUGCCAUCGACCUUGGUUUCAAAAUAACCAAUGUAACCCAGGAGUCUCUAAGUAAUAGACUCACACUCACCAAUGAGACUGAAACCCAGAUACAGGAUUCAAUUAACAGACUACUCCAAAAGGUUCUCAGUGAACCAGAUGGCAAACAGUUUCAAUUUCCGAAAGCCAACCUCAUUGAUGAUGGCACUGAGAUCACGGCAAACGUGACGUAUGUAUACAAAGAGGAAGAUGUCAACCUCCCUAGUGGUUUUCUACAGGAAGUCUUAAAAGUCUCAGGUCUCCUGACCACCACUGUUGCCCCAACAACAACCACCAACACCACACCACUUCCUACCCUUUUGACUUCAGUGACAUCAACAACUAGAUUCGGCACAGUGGGAGUUUUUGUUAAACUGAUAUUCAACGUCAAAACACCAGUCCCCACUGAGGAUCAUGUCCUUGAUGCCGUCAAGAAGCAAUUGUCUCCUCAAUUCACGACCACUCAAACCACCUUCCAGAAUGCAACUUAUAUCAAACUUACAGAUACUUCAUUUGCCAUCGACCUUGGUUUCAAAAUAACCAAUGUAACCCAGGAGUCUCUAAGUAAUAGACUCACACUCACCAAUGAGACUGAAACCCAGAUACAGGAUUCAAUUAACAGACUACUCCAAAAGGUUCUCAGUGAACCAGAUGGCAAACAGUUUCAAUUUCCCAACGCCAACCUCAUUGAUGAUGGCACUGAGAUCACGGCAAACGUGACGUAUGUAUACAAAGAGGAAGAUGUCAACCUCCCUAGUGGUUUUCUACAGGAAGUCUUAAAAGUCUCAGGUCUCCUGACCACCACUGUUGCCCCAACAACAACCACCAACACCACACCACUUCCUACCCUUUUGACUUCAGUGACAUCAACAACUAGAUUCGGCACAGUGGGAGUUUUUGUUAAACUGAUAUUCAACGUCAAAACACCAGUCCCCACUGAGGAUCAUGUCCUUGAUGCCGUCAAGAAGCAAUUGUCUCCUCAAUUCACGACCACUCAAACCACCUUCCAGAAUGCAACUUAUAUCAAACUUACAGAUACUUCAUUUGCCAUCGACCUUGGUUUCAAAAUAACCAAUGUAACCCAGGAGUCUCUAAGUAAUAGACUCACACUCACCAAUGAGACUGAAACCCAGAUACAGGAUUCAAUUAACAGACUACUCCAAAAGGUUCUCAGUGAACCAGAUGGCAAACAGUUUCAAUUUCCCAACGCCAACCUCAUUGAUGAUGGCACUGAGAUCACGGCAAACGUGACGUAUGUAUACAAAGAGGAAGAUGUCAACCUCCCUAGUGGUUUUCUACAGGAAGUCUUAAAAGUCUCAGGUCUCCUGACCACCACUGUUGCCCCAACAACAACCACCAACACCACACCACUUCCUACCCUUUUGACUUCAGUGACAUCAACAACUAGAUUCGGCACAGUGGGAGUUUUUGUUAAACUGAUAUUCAACGUCAAAACACCAGUCCCCACUGAGGAUCAUGUCCUUGAUGCCGUCAAGAAGCAAUUGUCUCCUCAAUUCACGACCACUCAAACCACCUUCCAGAAUGCAACUUAUAUCAAACUUACAGAUACUUCAUUUGCCAUCGACCUUGGUUUCAAAAUAACCAAUGUAACCCAGGAGUCUCUAAGUAAUAGACUCACACUCACCAAUGAGACUGAAACCCAGAUACAGGAUUCAAUUAACAGACUACUCCAAAAGGUUCUCAGUGAACCAGAUGGCAAACAGUUUCAAUUUCCGAAAGCCAACCUCAUUGAUGAUGGCACUGAGAUCACGGCAAACGUGACGUAUGUAUACAAAGAGGAAGAUGUCAACCUCCCUAGUGGUUUUCUACAGGAAGUCUUAAAAGUCUCAGGUCUCCUGACCACCACUGUUGCCCCAACAACAACCACCAACACCACACCACUUCCUACCCUUUUGACUUCAGUGACAUCAACAACUAGAUUCGGCACAGUGGGAGUUUUUGUUAAACUGAUAUUCAACGUCAAAACACCAGUCCCCACUGAGGAUCAUGUCCUUGAUGCCGUCAAGAAGCAAUUGUCUCCUCAAUUCACGACCACUCAAACCACCUUCCAGAAUGCAACUUAUAUCAAACUUACAGAUACUUCAUUUGCCAUCGACCUUGGUUUCAAAAUAACCAAUGUAACCCAGGAGUCUCUAAGUAAUAGACUCACACUCACCAAUGAGACUGAAACCCAGAUACAGGAUUCAAUUAACAGACUACUCCAAAAGGUUCUCAGUGAACCAGAUGGCAAACAGUUUCAAUUUCCGAAAGCCAACCUCAUUGAUGAUGGCACUGAGAUCACGGCAAACGUGACGUAUGUAUACAAAGAGGAAGAUGUCAACCUCCCUAGUGGUUUUCUACAGGAAGUCUUAAAAGUCUCAGGUCUCCUGACCACCACUGUUGCCCCAACAACAACCACCAACACCACACCACUUCCUACCCUUUUGACUUCAGUGACAUCAACAACUAGAUUCGGCACAGUGGGAGUUUUUGUUAAACUGAUAUUCAACGUCAAAACACCAGUCCCCACUGAGGAUCAUGUCCUUGAUGCCGUCAAGAAGCAAUUGUCUCCUCAAUUCACGACCACUCAAACCACCUUCCAGAAUGCAACUUAUAUCAAACUUACAGAUACUUCAUUUGCCAUCGACCUUGGUUUCAAAAUAACCAAUGUAACCCAGGAGUCUCUAAGUAAUAGACUCACACUCACCAAUGAGACUGAAACCCAGAUACAGGAUUCAAUUAACAGACUACUCCAAAAGGUUCUCAGUGAACCAGAUGGCAAACAGUUUCAAUUUCCGAAAGCCAACCUCAUUGAUGAUGGCACUGAGAUCACGGCAAACGUGACGUAUGUAUACAAAGAGGAAGAUGUCAACCUCCCUAGUGGUUUUCUACAGGAAGUCUUAAAAGUCUCAGGUCUCCUGACCACCACUGUUGCCCCAACAACAACCACCAACACCACACCACUUCCUACCCUUUUGACUUCAGUGACAUCAACAACUAGAUUCGGCACAGUGGGAGUUUUUGUUAAACUGAUAUUCAACGUCAAAACACCAGUCCCCACUGAGGAUCAUGUCCUUGAUGCCGUCAAGAAGCAAUUGUCUCCUCAAUUCACGACCACUCAAACCACCUUCCAGAAUGCAACUUAUAUCAAACUUACAGAUACUUCAUUUGCCAUCGACCUUGGUUUCAAAAUAACCAAUGUAACCCAGGAGUCUCUAAGUAAUAGACUCACACUCACCAAUGAGACUGAAACCCAGAUACAGGAUUCAAUUAACAGACUACUCCAAAAGGUUCUCAGUGAACCAGAUGGCAAACAGUUUCAAUUUCCGAAAGCCAACCUCAUUGAUGAUGGCACUGAGAUCACGGCAAACGUGACGUAUGUAUACAAAGAGGAAGAUGUCAACCUCCCUAGUGGUUUUCUACAGGAAGUCUUAAAAGUCUCAGGUCUCCUGACCACCACUGUUGCCCCAACAACAACCACCAACACCACACCACUUCCUACCCUUUUGACUUCAGUGACAUCAACAACUAGAUUCGGCACAGUGGGAGUUUUUGUUAAACUGAUAUUCAACGUCAAAACACCAGUCCCCACUGAGGAUCAUGUCCUUGAUGCCGUCAAGAAGCAAUUGUCUCCUCAAUUCACGACCACUCAAACCACCUUCCAGAAUGCAACUUAUAUCAAACUUACAGAUACUUCAUUUGCCAUCGACCUUGGUUUCAAAAUAACCAAUGUAACCCAGGAGUCUCUAAGUAAUAGACUCACACUCACCAAUGAGACUGAAACCCAGAUACAGGAUUCAAUUAACAGACUACUCCAAAAGGUUCUCAGUGAACCAGAUGGCAAACAGUUUCAAUUUCCCAACGCCAACCUCAUUGAUGAUGGCACUGAGAUCACGGCAAACGUGACGUAUGUAUACAAAGAGGAAGAUGUCAACCUCCCUAGUGGUUUUCUACAGGAAGUCUUAAAAGUCUCAGGUCUCCUGACCACCACUGUUGCCCCAACAACAACCACCAACACCACACCACUUCCUACCCUUUUGACUUCAGUGACAUCAACAACUAGAUUCGGCACAGUGGGAGUUUUUGUUAAACUGAUAUUCAACGUCAAAACACCAGUCCCCACUGAGGAUCAUGUCCUUGAUGCCGUCAAGAAGCAAUUGUCUCCUCAAUUCACGACCACUCAAACCACCUUCCAGAAUGCAACUUAUAUCAAACUUACAGAUACUUCAUUUGCCAUCGACCUUGGUUUCAAAAUAACCAAUGUAACCCAGGAGUCUCUAAGUAAUAGACUCACACUCACCAAUGAGACUGAAACCCAGAUACAGGAUUCAAUUAACAGACUACUCCAAAAGGUUCUCAGUGAACCAGAUGGCAAACAGUUUCAAUUUCCGAAAGCCAACCUCAUUGAUGAUGGCACUGAGAUCACGGCAAACGUGACGUAUGUAUACAAAGAGGAAGAUGUCAACCUCCCUAGUGGUUUUCUACAGGAAGUCUUAAAAGUCUCAGGUCUCCUGACCACCACUGUUGCCCCAACAACAACCACCAACACCACACCACUUCCUACCCUUUUGACUUCAGUGACAUCAACAACUAGAUUCGGCACAGUGGGAGUUUUUGUUAAACUGAUAUUCAACGUCAAAACACCAGUCCCCACUGAGGAUCAUGUCCUUGAUGCCGUCAAGAAGCAAUUGUCUCCUCAAUUCACGACCACUCAAACCACCUUCCAGAAUGCAACUUAUAUCAAACUUACAGAUACUUCAUUUGCCAUCGACCUUGGUUUCAAAAUAACCAAUGUAACCCAGGAGUCUCUAAGUAAUAGACUCACACUCACCAAUGAGACUGAAACCCAGAUACAGGAUUCAAUUAACAGACUACUCCAAAAGGUUCUCAGUGAACCAGAUGGCAAACAGUUUCAAUUUCCGAAAGCCAACCUCAUUGAUGAUGGCACUGAGAUCACGGCAAACGUGACGUAUGUAUACAAAGAGGAAGAUGUCAACCUCCCUAGUGGUUUUCUACAGGAAGUCUUAAAAGUCUCAGGUCUCCUGACCACCACUGUUGCCCCAACAACAACCACCAACACCACACCACUUCCUACCCUUUUGACUUCAGUGACAUCAACAACUAGAUUCGGCACAGUGGGAGUUUUUGUUAAACUGAUAUUCAACGUCAAAACACCAGUCCCCACUGAGGAUCAUGUCCUUGAUGCCGUCAAGAAGCAAUUGUCUCCUCAAUUCACGACCACUCAAACCACCUUCCAGAAUGCAACUUAUAUCAAACUUACAGAUACUUCAUUUGCCAUCGACCUUGGUUUCAAAAUAACCAAUGUAACCCAGGAGUCUCUAAGUAAUAGACUCACACUCACCAAUGAGACUGAAACCCAGAUACAGGAUUCAAUUAACAGACUACUCCAAAAGGUUCUCAGUGAACCAGAUGGCAAACAGUUUCAAUUUCCGAAAGCCAACCUCAUUGAUGAUGGCACUGAGAUCACGGCAAACGUGACGUAUGUAUACAAAGAGGAAGAUGUCAACCUCCCUAGUGGUUUUCUACAGGAAGUCUUAAAAGUCUCAGGUCUCCUGACCACCACUGUUGCCCCAACAACAACCACCAACACCACACCACUUCCUACCCUUUUGACUUCAGUGACAUCAACAACUAGAUUCGGCACAGUGGGAGUUUUUGUUAAACUGAUAUUCAACGUCAAAACACCAGUCCCCACUGAGGAUCAUGUCCUUGAUGCCGUCAAGAAGCAAUUGUCUCCUCAAUUCACGACCACUCAAACCACCUUCCAGAAUGCAACUUAUAUCAAACUUACAGAUACUUCAUUUGCCAUCGACCUUGGUUUCAAAAUAACCAAUGUAACCCAGGAGUCUCUAAGUAAUAGACUCACACUCACCAAUGAGACUGAAACCCAGAUACAGGAUUCAAUUAACAGACUACUCCAAAAGGUUCUCAGUGAACCAGAUGGCAAACAGUUUCAAUUUCCGAAAGCCAACCUCAUUGAUGAUGGCACUGAGAUCACGGCAAACGUGACGUAUGUAUACAAAGAGGAAGAUGUCAACCUCCCUAGUGGUUUUCUACAGGAAGUCUUAAAAGUCUCAGGUCUCCUGACCACCACUGUUGCCCCAACAACAACCACCAACACCACACCACUUCCUACCCUUUUGACUUCAGUGACAUCAACAACUAGAUUCGGCACAGCCGUGGUUUUUGUUGAACUGAUAUUCAACCUCAAAAAACCAGUCCCCACUGAGGCUGAUGUCCUUGGUGCCGUCAAUAAGCAACUGUCUCUUCAAACCAAGACCACUCAAACCACCUUCCAGAAUGCAACUUAUAUCAAACUUUCAGAUACUUCAUUUGCCAUCAACCUUGGUUUCAAAAUAACCAAUGUAACCCUGGAGUCUCUAAGUAAUAGACUCACAUUCACCAAUGAGACCUACGUCCAGAUACAGCUUUCAAUUAACACACUUCUCCGUCAACUUCUCAGUGAACCAAACGGCAACCAGUUUCAAUUUCCCAACGCCAACUUCAUUGACGAUGGCACUGAAAUCAGGGCAAACGUGACGUAUGUAUACAAAGAGGAAGAUGUCAACCACCCUAGUGGUUUUCUACAGGAAGUCUUAAAAGUCUCAGGUCUCCUGACCACCACUGUUGCCCCAACAACAACUACCAACACCACACCACUUCCUACCCUUUUACUGACCACUCCUUUCAAUACCACAAGUGUUGGAGGUUUUCCUGGCUGGGCUUUGGCCAUUAUCAUUCCUUGUGGCAUCGCUAUCAUUCUGGUACCCUUGUGGAUCCUGCUAUGUUGUAUGCUAUGUGGCUGCUGUGCAGCUGUAAGGAGACGCUGGCACAGACGCAGAUCUUACAAUGUACAGUACACCACCAGAAACGGACUCUUCUGAGGUGACAACACUAACAUCAGUAGGCAACUGUCAUCACAAGAACAGCCAAUUAUCUACCUAUAUCUGCUAAUCAGGAGACUUCAUUGGGUGCUUGCAUCUAUUUUUUUUAGCAUGGAAAGAAAAUUCAUAAUGGGCUUAAUAAUCCACAGGUGUUUUGUGCAUUGUACAAUUUUUUAUAUUAUACAUCUGAUUGUUAAUCUAAGUUACAGCUGAGCUGAACAGCAUGUAUGUUUAUGUAUUUAUUAGCUAUGUAAUUUAUGUGGUUUCAAGCUGUGCUGUCCACUGACUAAAAUGGUUAUCAGCUAUUUAUUUAAUGUAUAAUAAGGUAGAUUAAAAUAUUUAUUUGAGUUUUGUUAUUUCCUCUCUUGACUAACUAUGAACUAACUUUUUUUCAACUGCAAUACAGUACUUGUUUCUUCAUCACACAGUUUGACAAAUGUAAUAAAGACUUUGCAAAUCAGUA